ACGCACGAUCAGUUCUAAUUGUUUCGAGUCAACCUCUGUUCAACCUGAAAGGUUAAAAUGCAGUUACACUUUCAUAGCACGAUGGAAUUCGACGACUAGACAGAAGUCCACUGGUACUCGGGGGACUGCUACCAUUGGUGCACUAGAAGUCGGAAAAUCAUCGGGCUUACUUUACGAAGAGCGACGAAGAGCUGCGAAAAAAAGAUGUCUGCUGUCUGUAAGUAAUGCUGGCUCAAAUAUAUUAGUCCAACCCAGUCUCCCCCGUAUACAUCAAAUGCAUGAAAUAUGGCGGACGCUCGAAGGGGUGAGUCCUCGAAAAGAGAGGAUAUUAACCAAGGUUUGUCUCAAAGUAUCGCAUCGGAAGAUAAAAAGUCUGAAAAUAUGUCGACUAGUCCCUCGAUGAAUCAACAAAAUGCGCUUUAUUCGCGCUCACAGGAGCCGUGGAACGUGCUUAUGUACUGGAUGUCGGCUCAGUAUUAUCAACAAUAUUAUUAUCAGUUUUUUUCGUAUAUGUACUACUGGCAAACGAUGGCAUCAAACUCCAUGUACCAGGGAGCAUUUCAAUCUCAAAGCAACUUUCCACAGUCGGGUUUACACCAGCAGGAAUCGCAGAGCUCUCUUAGAGGACAACAACCUCAAAACAAUGCCGGUUUGGCGCCUGGUCGAGCGGCUCCGUGGGUUUUCCAAGGACAGCGGGCAGUUAGAACAGUUUGUGAAGUACAGAUUGCACCCAUCUCUAAGAGAAUCUAUGCAGAAAUUCUGGACUUUAUUUUCCUUUACUUUACCAAGGUCCUUGUGUUCUCAAUUAUGUAUGAUGAUUUGGAGCGGUACAGCCAGUUGCAGUACACCUUAAUAACAGAUGAAAAUGCAAGUCUAAACGAUAUUGAGGAGCUGCUUAUGCAAGCUUUAGUGUACAGACUGAUAGUGUUUGCAUAUGAGGUAUUCUUCCUUAUGGGUGGCCUUCACGGCAGUGUAGGAGGUGCCACACCUGGCAAAUACCUCAUGGGUUUGUCAAUAGUUGCUACAGAUCACAUCAGUUUGGUAGCACAUCUACCAGCUGGCGACAGAGUCAGGAUUGAACCAGGAGGAAACUUGGGAUUCCGGAGAUCAUUUGUAAGAGCCCUAGUGAAGAACUUCUCCAUGACAUUGCUGUUCCCAGUGUUUCUAACAAUCCUCUUUUUUCAACACAAUCGCACAAUUUAUGAUGUCAUUUCCAACUCAACCGUAGUCGUCACUGCACCUGCUCAACCAAGACAACAGAAUCUUCGUCGUCGAUAAGUUUAAUGUGAUUACAAGUUUGUAUGUGUACCUGUCACUUUCUCUCAUAGUUUGUGCAGCAUGUUCUCAUGUCGUACAGAAAUUGUUGUAUAUACUUUUACUUAAAAACUAGUGUUACCCACAAUUUACCUGACUGUCUUGAACAUUACAAGUUUUGUUAUGUCGAUGCCCCAUUCACAGUUGAUUUGCUAAACUACAUAAACCUAGACUGCCUUACAAUCACCUCCUGAAGACAGUUCCUUUCUUUUCACCCGAGGGAAAGCUCAGUCGGUGAAGUUUUAUAUGUAGUGGACGUUGUAAUAAUGGAGGCCAGCCACUGCAGUACUGUUCUUGAAAGAAAAAUUCGCUUUAAAAAAAUGGUUUGUACGUCCCACAUUUGACAAUGUUUGGGCCCAAAAUGCAAAAUUGCACAUUUGCAGUCAUGGCAAAUCGUGAAGGCAAGUGAGCAUGCUUCAAAAUGUCACAAAACUUAAAUAAACCAUUACCAGAAUGAUUUAACUUGCUAAUGUGAUUACAGAAUAAUCCUAGCAAAAAUGAAACACAUUUUGUUAUUAUAAGUACUGUAACUAUGAAAUGAAAAUACAUGCUUUAGGUUGUUUGUCAGUUGUUUUGAUGCAUUACUGAACAGCAUGGAAAUCUCCAAGCCUGAUCUUAUUAUUAAGUUUUGUAUUCUACCUCUCUCUAAACUGAUAAAUACAAUGUACAGUUAAACCUCUCCUUACUGACACCAAGAAUUUGUAUACAGUCGAACCUCUCCACAGUGGAGGGGCAAUUGUGGAGAGGAGGUUGUUAAGGGGCGGCAGGUGUAAUAUGACACCCUUUUUUUUUGGUGGGGGUGCAACAUUUUUAGUUGUAAGAAAUGCUCUUUGUAUGCACAAUCAAAAUAUAUCAAUAAUACAGAAACCUUUCAGAAACAGAGACCAAUGACAUGCAGUAUGGGUUCAGUUUUGUUACUAUGGUUAUCAGUUGAGUAAGGCACAACAAAACUUUGGUGAAGAAGUUUUGGAUUUAAAAUUACGGUAUUGCCACCGGCAACUUUCCUUAUUUCCAAUGGUAACAAUAUCAUCGCCUGCAAUUUCAUGCACUUUGCUGCCAAUGAUGUCAAAGGCCGACAAGUUGCCACUAGAAACAGAGCCAGUUGCCUGUGACAACACAAGUUGCGUGUUGAAUCCUGGUCACCAAAUCUUUGUCUUGCCUCACUCAACUGAUAAUCGCAGUGCAUUUUAUGUAAAAAAAAUAUGGAGAUUUAUAUACAUUGUUGGUCAGUCAUUGAUUAACUGGCAAUUUUUGAGAUUUUAGUUUGGCAGUUUGGAUACACAUUACUGUUUGUUGCAGCUCUUUAGAGUUGGCUGUUGUAGAACAGUUAAGAUAAGAGUGAAUGUAGGAGCUGUCUGCGGAGACAAAAAAAGUGGCAUAGCUGCAUUGUAGAGAGGUGGCUUAGAGAAGUUCUACUGUAAUCUGUUCCACUAUAAUAUGGUCACCUCUAGUAACAAGGACGAUCAGAUGUGCCCUUUGGUCUUUGUAUUAAAGAGGUUUAGAAAACGGU